GAGAGAGACACAUUGCUCACUAUUACUGCCUCUCAGCCAAUAAGAAUCAAGAACUAAAUCAAUCUUUCACGCCAAUUGGCUAAUUGUUUCAGCUCUUGGAAGUUUCCGCAAACAAACACUUCAUUAUCUUCAAAAGUUGUGGAAGGGCAGAAUACGAGGAAAAAAGAAGAUAAGAUAAACGACGUGCAGCUCUCCAUCUCGGAAAUGUUAUCCGGAAGUCAUGGGAGAUGACAGGUCAUCAGACACAUCCAGCAUCUGGCCCACUGAUGAGCUAGAGUUUGUUAAUGAGUUCCCUCACAACCCACACCACAUUAAGGAUUCAUCAGUGGCCCAGGAGAGGGAGGCUGCAGUGUCUGCAGCAGUCUCUGUUGUAGUAGCAAGUGCCAGGCAUGGUGUGGUAUCAUUGUGUGCCAGUGUGGCUCACAUUAUCCGAGAGAAGAGAAGACUGCAACAAAAUGUAGCUGAAUUAGAAAAGAAAAUUACAGCAUAUGAGAAGAGCAGCUCUCCUGACGUGUGUGUGGCAUGUCAUUGCACCUCUCCCAAGCAUGUUGCAGACACUCAUAGUUUACUUGAAUCCCCCUCAUCACAGAGAUGUGGGUCGGCCCCUCCAACCUUUAUUGCAAGUUCACUCAAACUUUCCAGAUGUGAAAACCAAAAUAUUAAUAAUGGUUACCAGACUACUGAUGAUAGAAGUGUGGGUGUUAGGGAUAAAUGCGAUAGUUGCAAGCAAAUGCAACGCCAAGAAAAAGUAAGAUCAAGUGCAGCUAUUCCUGACUGUGUUUCACAUAUACAAAAACCUGGUGAGAGAAAGACAUCAUUCCUACAAGGCCAGGGUUAUGCUUCAUCACGCAGCCUCAACAUUGGUCGCAGUCCUCCCCCAUCAAGCUUUAUGAGGAAGAAGUAUAGCACUAUCAGCUUACGACGUGUUCGACGUUCCAAUAUGAAUAAACAGGGUGUGUCAGUAGGGACACUGAGCAGUAGUAGUAGUCAUAGAAGCAGCACCAACAGUCUAGAGCGGCGGGGUUCCAGCAGCAGGACUAGCAGCGGAUCCUGUAUAGUGACUGUUGCUGAGGUCUACUCUUCACCAACACCAUGCCUUACUCCUGCAAAUACAGAGAGUGAUGCAGUAAAACUUCUAGCACGGAAACUAACAAAUGUGCUGCAGGGCAGUGAAGCUCAUCUGGAAGAUAAUCUUCCAGAGUCCACCCUCAGUGACUCUAGUCUCAAGGAUGCUGCCAUGCCAGACAUGUCUAAUGAGUUAUGGAGCAAUCAAGAGGAGUUGUAUGCACCACACCCCCUUUCUGGUUGUGAGUGUGUAGUGUGUGCACACUUGGCUGCAGACCCAAACUCUCACCUUUAUAUUCUCACCACAAAAGAUGGAUUACUGUUGCCACAGGGAAGUACAGUUUUGGUUCAAGGUGAUCGCAUAGGCACUGUUGUCUACUUUGGCCAUUGUAAAUAUCCGUCAAGAAGUUCAAGUGUCCCUCAGCAUCAUCUACAGGGAUCAUCCAUUACCAGCAUCAAUGAAAAAAUAAUUCCUGAAAAUAAAGUUGAAUCUUCCAAAAAGAUUGCUGAAGAUGGAUGGUAUACGUCUGAAGUUACUACUGCCAGUCCUCUCGGAGUAACUAUUACACUCUGGCCACCUGAUUAUGGGGAAGUAUUUGUUCCUCUAAGUGCUGUUGUCUGCCAAUUGGAUGAUGAAGUAGACAUUGCGAGAAAAGACCAUCUCCUUGGUCUGGACUUAGAAUAUGUGGAUAUUGAUAGAUGUAUAGCAGAAACUGGACCAUCUGUUUUCCCGGAUGUUCAGAUUCAUCCCACAGAUAUGACCAUUGAUGGAAAACAUAGCGAAAUAACAAGUGUGCACCAACCAGAUGGCUCUUGUCCCUCUCAAGUGUAUGAAGGUACAACUGGAAGGAGAAAAAACCCUGACGAAUCCCAGGCACAGAGUAUAAAUAUGCCACCAAACAACUCAGACUAUGUCCAAAGAUUACAGGAUUUGUCACUGUGUGAUCAAGAGAGUGAAGAUGAUGCUAUUACAGCUUGUGGAAGAGUUAGUCUCCAGGUUCCUGAGCAAGGAAAUAAAACAAGUAAUUGCAUUAUAUACUCACAUGAAAAUGGUCUGAACUCCACUUCACCUCAUCAUAAAAAUACAACUAAAUUAAUCAGAAACUUCAAGUCUCCUUGUCUUAAAACAGCAUUCCUUAAUCAUAUUGAAAAUGAGGACAAUGUCACAAGCAAAAAGAAAGAUACUAAAUCUAAAGUUUUUCUGUAUGAUACUUCAGACUCUGCAAUUAGUCUCACUUUUAGCCAAAGACCUCAGAGCUCUGAGGAUAGCAGCCAACCCCCAAGCCUUACUGACCCAGACAAAGAAUCUCUUAAUUUGGGAGACACUUGGGAUUCAGGCUGUUGCAUGGAAAGGGAGAGGUAUUUAAGUGAGUCAUCUGAACAGUUUUCUGAUGUUGAAGGUGAAAAUAUUAAUUUAGGAUCCCCAUGGGCACUUAAUCUGAGAGAAGCUCUAGAGUCAGUAUGGGAAAAACACAGAAAUCAUGAAGAUUUCAAUCUGAAUGGCACCUACAGCACAAAUUACAUAGAUUUGUCAAAAAGAGAAGCUCAGGAGCGAGGUUACAGUAAUCGCCUUCAGUUACUUCUUGAAAACACGGACUUUAUAUCAGUUCACUGUGAUCACAGUUUGACAGAAUAUACAGAAGUUUGAACAUUAGCACUCAAGAAUUUGCAGGAAUGCAGGCAACAGGUUUUAAGUGAUACAAUCAUGUUUUAUUUUAAGGAAUUGUUUUGAAUUUUCGAUAAUUUUGAUAUUGUAAAUCGUAUGUGCCCUUUUUCCCGUUUUUUUAACUACAGUAUUCCAGGAGCAUAAUUAUAGUAUCUGUUUGUUUAAACAUUAAGAAAAUCUACAGCUGUUAGUGAUAAACACUGAAAAAAAAAUUGUGUAAAAUGAACUGAAAUACAGUCUUGUCAUUACCAGAAUUUUUUAUUGAAUUAUUAAGCACUGUAUUUUGCCCAUUGAGUGAUUGGGUAUUAUAUACAAGAAAAGUGUUUGUGACAUAACUGCAUGAUAUGCUUUAUUUCAGUUUACAGGAUUUUGUUUGACUUUUUAGUUUGCAUGAUCUUUUCACCUUGUGGUAUCCAAAAGAAUCAUACAUGAGAGUGGAAAUCAAAAUACUCUAGUAUAUGCAUAGACCAUCACCACAUAAGAGGUAGAAAUACUGGAAUCAUCUAUUACAGUAUAUUAAUGUACUCCAUUAUGUACUUCAUUUUAUCCAAUGCUGUAUCAAUUUUUCAAAAUUUUGUUUUAUUUGUCAGUUCUGUUGUACAGUGCUUCCAGUUACCAUUAUUAUUGAAUUAUUAAUUUACAGUAUAACUUGUAGUAAUAGCUCAGUAUAAUUUUUUUUUGUUUUCAAUUUGGCAGAUACAGCAUUUUUUUAAUCCUAAUUUUGGCUAAAUGUUGCAUGUAAUAAAAUACAAGGAACCUAGUAUUCUCUUGUGAUACACACACUUAAGAAAUACUGCCACUAUUAAUAUCAUUUAUUUAACCAGUGUGUUAGUGUAUUGAUAGUUAUUUACAAUUUCUUACCUUAACUUGCCAUAUACUGUGUCUACUUUUAAAGAAAUCUUGCUUUAUGUUCAUUGGUAGGAGCGCUGUUAUGCAGGCUCUCGCAGUUCUGCAUCUUGACGGAUCCUUUAAAUAAACAAUAUUUUUCUUUUUAUAUUAUGAAAGGGGUUGUGAAAAGUUUUGAUUUUUCAAUUCAAGUAUGAUUUUACUCCAAUUACCAAAGUAUUUUUUUAAAUGUCAUUUUAGCAUUUUCUCAAGACAGUUUUCCUUUUAGCAUUAUUAUUGAUCUAAAUGACAUAACAUUUGUGUUUGUAAUCAGGGCGGAAUAUAAAAGAUAAAAAUAAAGUUUUAACUUUUGUGGAAUA